UGAGGUAGCGAUCGCGAAGGAAUUGUUGCCAACAGCGCGAUUGCGUGGUACGUGCAGGCAGCGUGUCCUCGUAAGAUGCGGCAACCGUCGUCGCCGUCUAGCAACGCACGGGCAGUUUGAAAUGCCUUCGGACGCCGCUGCUCCAAGAAAAGGUGUCGUAAUACGCUCCCGACAGGCAGGCGGCUUUGCAGCGGACAGUUCCUGAAAGCACGAGGAUCAAGUUGGGUGAAGUGCGGCCACACCUCGAGGAAACUUUGAAAAGCAUCGUCCACCAUGAGGGUCUCCUGGAUACUCUUCGUCUCCCUAACUGCCGUGAUGUGGUACCUGUGGCCGCGACUUCCUCUGCUUCCGGGCGUGGCCCAUGCACUCGGUUCUCUGUUUGUGAUGGCGUGGGCGAGUUACUUUCUCGCAAAAUUCACCUGGGGAGUCGCUCGCGUCAGCCUGGUGAGUGGACACGGGAAAGCUGUGCUCAUUACAGGCUGUGACACAGGCUUCGGACACAUGCUGGCUAAGUACCUGGCCAGGGACGGCUUCCUCGUCUUCGCCGGGUGCCUCGACGUCAACGGCGAAGGCGCCAUGUCACUCAGGAGGCAGGCGAACGUCAAGGUCCUGCAGAUGGACGUCACGAAGGACGUCGAGGUUGACGAGACGCACCGCGUCAUCAAAGAGGAGCUCGGAAGUCGAAAGCUCUGGGCUGUGGUGUGCAACGCGGCCAUAAUGAAUAACGGCCUUAUUGAGUGGUUGACGAUGGCAAGCAUCACUCGAAUCUUCGACGUCAAUGUCUUCGGCGUGGUCAGGGUGGUGAAAAGGUUCCUGCCCAUGCUUAAAGAGACCCAUGGACGAGUCGUCAUCGUCACCAGCAACCUUUCCCACUUCACUUUACCAUUUACUACACCAUACGCAAUGACUAAGCACGCGGUUCAGUCUUUGGUCGAUGGUUUGAGAAGAGAGUGCCACGGCAAGGGAGUCGACAUUGUAGCAGUCGAGCCACUGACGUACAGGUCUAAGGUUACGGACGCCGUAGGCUGCCUCAGCGCCGUCGAAAGGAAUUCAAGAGCCAGCCCGCCGAAGUUACGGCCGGCUUCAACGCUCAAGAACUGCACGAUUGGACACGCUCAAUGAAGGCCCUAUACGACUGGAGGAUCAAGGACGACAUUGAAGACAUGGUCGACCAAAUGGUCCUGGCUGUCAGGGAGACGGAUCCCAAGACUCGAUACACAACAAUGGCCAUCUUCGACUACGCUUGGGUCACGUGCCUCAGGAUGCUACCGGAUGAGGCGGUGGAUCUUAUUUUACUGUGGUCGAGACGACUGGCGCUGUGGAGAAAAAAGUGAGCGCGCCAACAUUUUAGGUCUGCUACGGCAGAUAUCACAGGGUGUCGUCUAUUGGUGGCGCUUGCGUCGACAUACUGAACAACCUUGAGGAACUGGUCAUUUUAAUGAGUGUGUCCUCUGGACAGAUGGAACUCCUCGGUAUUGCUGAAGUUCUGAAGUUGUUUUCGCACAAUCUGCCACCUCGAGUUCAUGGCUUCAACGAUACAACUUGUUGACAUUGCCUGCUCAUGCGAAGCAAAUGCGGGCUAAACUAACGCAUAUGUCUGCAAAUUUUCGUCGUCGAACGAGAAAGGCGCUGCAGAGAAUUACGGAAGUUCUCAAGAUGUCAACUUUCACUACGUAUUGUGAGCAGUCUUUGGAGGUAUCAUGCGAAGAGAGUGUAUUUAAGGUCAAAUAAGCAUGGUGCAUACCUGAUGACACAUACUCUUCGUCCCAAGCUUCCAUGAAAAAUGUGCUCGGAUUCACACAUGUUUGCCGUAAAUAUGUAUUCGAAAACUAUGAGUUAUGAAACACACAUUCACGGUAUACAGCACUGUGUAUCUACUGCGUGCCUCUCCCCGUCCUCCUCAGUGUCGGUGAAGCUCACUUUCUUAAACCAACAAGCUCACGUGGACUCUCUGCCGGAAUUAUGAGAAUAUUAAUAUAAAGUACUCCUGAACCAAUUUUUAGGUGCACGUUGAAGAAUAUCCCAGCGUCCAACGUAAUUGAACGUUGACCCACGCCGACCUCUCAGUAAGUACGUUUUAGCUGUAGUUAGAGGUGGUCAAUAAGCCCCUAAAUUGGAAUUACUAACAAAGCUCAUAAUAGCAAAAAUCUGACGUGGAAGAUUUGAUGCGCAAGAAUGAUCACAUUGUCAGAAUUUCUGUGUCAGCUUAAAAGCCACGUACUUCUACACUACUGUUUCAGUGUCAAGCCAUUCUCUUUUGAGUUGUUAAUUUAUCAUAAACUGGCCCGUUCCGUACGAGGUCUGCAAGUGAAGUAAAAAAAAAACAAACAGACGCAACUGUUUGUAUAAGAUCGCUGCUCCAUCUUUUGUCCUCUUCUGUUUCUGAGCUACACUACGAGCCAGUUUUUCUUGCCAAGGAUUUGCCGAAGCUCGCCUGCAGAUUGUGUCCGUGUCCACUUUAAUGAGAAAUGUGCUCCUCAAGUUUAUCUCUGACUUGUGCUUUCACUUUAUCAUAAGCUGAAACUUUCGCGUGAAGGCAGAUAGCGAAUCACUGACGUCACGGGGGAGAGUGGUCUCGAAGAAGAUGUAAGGUGUGUCUCGGCCAACCGGGGAUCGAUACAAGUCCUUCGGAUAAGUUUCUCGGACGGCCUUCUCGAUGACGUCGACGCCUUCUUCGGGGUCUUCUCUAAUAAAAGCAUCGAAGGCUCUCUGA